AUGUCAUACUUCCUCCCCCACCUCCCCUCAGGAUGGCACGUCGACCAAGCCAUCCUCUCCGAAGAAGACCGUGUCGUCUGUCUUCGCUUUGGCCACGACUGGGACUCCCAGUGCAUGAAGAUGGACGAAACGCUGUACAACAUCGCGGAGCGGGUACAGAACUUUGCGGUUAUCUAUCUGGUGGAUAUCACUCAGGUGCCGGAUUUUAAUAAGAUGUAUGAGUUGUACGACCCUUGCACGCUCAUGUUCUUCUACCGGAAUAAACAUAUCAUGAUCGACCUCGGCACAGGAAACAACAACAAGAUAAACUGGGCAAUAGACAACAAACAGGAGAUGAUAGACAUUAUAGAGACUGUCUAUCGCGGAGCGUCAAAAGGCCGGGGUCUGGUCGUCUCCCCCCGGGAUUACUCGACGAGGUAUCGGUAUUAGGGCCUGUGCGAGGGGUCACGAUCACGGUCGCUCUUUGAGGUAUCACAUGCCCCUAUUGGUGCUUGUCAGGGGCUGCUGCUGAGGCUACCAUGAGGUGAGGUUGGGCAACACUCUCACACGCCCUUGUCGUGUGCAGUGUAAUCCUAGUG